CCAUCCCUUCCCCAUCCCUUCCCCAUCCCUUCCCCAUCCCUUCCCCAUCCCUUCCCAUCCCCUUCCCCGUUCCCUAAUGAAGGAGGUGGGACGCUUAUGUAUCUUGUGUACGUACGCCGUAUACUAUAUAUAGGGCUGGACUCGGAGUUUUCGUAUGUAUCCCUCGUAUGUAUCCCCCAUCUCGGCAAAGGUUACAUUGACGUCACCCUGCAUUUCUCGUUGUUCGGCGUUGAUUACUAAGUGCGAAUAGAUGGUGGGGUUGUGAAUCAGAGUCUUAAGGAUAUUGAGAUGCGUGAUGGGCCACUGAUAAUACGAUUCUAGCUGCUGGUUACUAUCAUUGACAUCAUUGACAUCAUUGACAUCAUUGACGCUCUAGAGUCUAGAGGAGAGUUGUUAUGGGUGUAGUUGGGUUGGGAAUAAUGGGAAGGAGCAGCCAUCUCACUUACCGUCGUGCCUUCCCUAUCUCACCGUCGUGCCUUCCAUAUCUCACCGUCGUGCCUUCCCUAUCUCACCGUCGUGCCUUCCAUAUCAUCUUAAACCAUCAACAGCAUGUAGUCACAGAUCCCUCUCUGCCUCUCUGCCUCUCUGCCUCUCUCACCUCUCCCCUCUCUCACCUCUCCCCUCUCCCACCUCUCCCUGCAACAUCCCAUCAAACCACCAUCCCACCAUCCCACAACCACACAAACACGCUGACCACAAAACUGCAAUGGACCCCAACCCCGACCAAACAUCACACAUCCAACCCCCACGCCAGCACCCUCACCCUCACCCCACUUCCUCCUCCUCUUCAUCCUCUUCACUCACCCCUCCACCAACCACAUCCAACAACCCUCCCGCACCACCCACAGUCGACGGCCCCUCCACCAGCGGCCACAACCGCUCCACAUCCCUCACCUCUCUGAAACGCACAUUCUCCAAGAUCCUGCCUGCGAACCGGAGAGAGCGGGGUGGUACUUUGCGGGAUAGUCAGGGGCGGGCUGAUGUUGAGACUGUUGAUGCAACCGAUGACGGAAGGGAAGAGGACGAGGGGAGGAGGGAGAAAGGGAAGAUUGUGAAAGGAGAGGGAAGAAGAUCUCGGAGUUGGAGUCCGAGAAAGGAGGAUGUAAUGGCUUCUGCCGAGGAUGACAAGAAAAAUGGACCACAAAAGCAGACCGACAAAGAGCCCGAAAAAGGAGGCAACGCAUUCCAGCGCCUCCUCGGCCUCCGCCGCACCUCCCUCCCCACCUCCUCCAUCCCCGCCCAGCCCAGCACCCGCCGCCUCUCCCUCAUACGCCCAAAACCAAAAAAAGCAAUCCACUUCGCCUCCCCCCCAACCCAAACUCCCCCCGCCACCCCUGCCUCACGCUCCGGCACGUCAACCCCUCCGCUCGACAGCCAACAGAUGUACGACCAAAAGCGCCUCCGUCGCGAGCAGCGCCGCAGUUACCGCAGUAGUGAGGACUACCUCACCAUCGCCGGCGCGAAUCCUCGGACGGGGUACUGGGACGUUAAUACGGCUAUCGGAUCAACUAGUAGUUCUGAAGCCGCGGACCGGGCCCGGAAGAGGGAAGUAGAAAUAGCAGAGAACCGCCGGCGCUUGGAAGCCGCGAAGCAAGAGCUGGAAGAGGCGUUAGCGAGGCGGGAAGCGGAGGAUAGGGAGAGAGACGCCAAAAGGGCGAGGAGGAGGGAGAGGGAUGAGGCGAGGCGGAGGGAGAAGAGGGGGAGGGAGGCGGGGAGGUGGAGAACGGAGGGGGAUGGGUGGAGGAUGGUUGCGGAGCCGGGGUUGAGUCCUAUUGUUGGGAGUUUGGCGGGGAGUCCGAGGAUGGUUCGCACGCCGGAUGAUCAGUUGACGGAGAUGAGGGUUCCGUCCGAGAUUGUGGGGCAGGAGUAUUCUGAGCGAGGUUCUGGGAGAGAGGGGAGAGAGAGGGGUAGGCCUCCCGAGGAAGAGAGGGAGAGGAGGAGGUUGAGUAGGUCGCCUGCUACGCCGUCGAGGUUGUCUCGUCAGGUGGGUGAUACGCCGGGUGGGCCUGCGCCAUCUACGCCGAUGGAGAGGAAGUCUCUUCCAAGUGCGAGUCGAGUGGUUAGUGGCGAUAUUCCACUUUACGUCGCAUCGCCAUCGAGGAAAGGCGGCUCGUCUCGCAAACUCUCCAGUAAUCGAGUGCCAGAACUCCAACCUGGCUUGCCGUCGCCUUCUUUGGAAAGGGCUAAGCCGGCACGAGCUGCUAUAUUUCCUAGUCCGCGGAGACAGCCGCAUAGACCGGCGUUUAUUGAUGCUGGCCCGGAAACUCCUCCUCAGGGACCGAGGAGCCCGGUUAUUUCCACGGGACGAAGUGGUGAUAACCGUAAGGGGAGCCGUGGGAAUGCGUCACCGAAUGAGUCGGUGAGGAGAAGCCCAGAUAGACCAAAUCAUGACCCUUUUGGCCCAAUACCUAGGCGGCGGCCGGCGAGUCCACCGAAGGCUGUCAAUACACCUCAGCCUGCGGGCACUCAACGUACUGUGGAGACACCACGACUGGAAGGGAGUACACCGGUUCGAGAAAAGGAUGUAGAUCCAGAGGCACAACGCGUUGAACAGCACCAUACUGCUGUGGUGCAAAGCGGAGUUGAGGCAGAAAAUCGAGAGCUUGAAGGGUCAAAUGAUACUAUUGUGCGCCACAGCAUCGCUGAAUCUCUUCCGGAGGUUCUUCCAGCGACUGGUCGCCAGCGUGAACAGAGCGCAGCACGUAAAGAUCCCAUCGAGAGUGAACAGAGUCCUUUUUUAGGCAUUCGGCCAGACGCCCAACCAGAAGAACCAGCUACAGCGACCUCAUCCCCGUCAGCUUCGACGAGUCCAGCCCUGACCCCCCGCCAGUCGCACCAAAGCCUGAAGUAUACAGACCAGGGAAAGCGUAUCAAGCACAUCGCCUCGAUGCACGAACUCCCCCCGUUCGUGCUGAAGCACCCAGUAACGGGAACAUCGUUGCCGAUCGCCCCGUCGAGCCCAAAGAUUCUGGAAGAGGUGACGAACAGGAGCUCCAAGGAGAUAAUAGGGGGAGACGGGAAGGCAGCGUUCAUCACCACCACCACCACUAUCACACCCACUACUGGGUCCGAUCCGGUUCCGCUCCAGCUAGAUCAGAUGGACGGAAGCUUCGACCCGAGACCUUCACCCCAGAGACGGCCGAUGCCAUUGAGCAGGAUACCAGCACCCCAGGUGUCACCCCAGAGCGCGCGAAACCACCUUCCGAGCGCCCUAUCCCCACGGCGGCGAACAGGGAGCGCUACAUCGUCGGCGGGGGAAGCGGGAGCGACACCGACGAAGCGUCGUAUUCCAAGGUGGUAUCAGAGACUCUUGCCCGAGUUCGGAAGAGAGGUCGAGAAGAACAUACACACAUCCACAUCUACGUCCCCCAACCAGCCGUCCACGAGCCCAAGGUAUCAUAUGGGCGAUCUGGGGGGGCAUCCGGGGGCACAGAACGCGGCGAGGGUGGCGCUCCUGAACGGGGGGCAGUCGCUGAGUUUAGAUCGAGGAGUGCAGAGGCAAAGAGCCAGCGCCGGAGUCGGAGCCCAUGGGGGAGGUCCAGGGGGAGGAAACUUGGGGAUGAGUAGGACGGGGAGUCCGGUGAGGAUUGAACGGGGUGAUAAGCUUGUUGUCUGGCAUGCUGCGCCGGUGGUUGGGCCAAGGAGAAGAAAUGAAAUUCCGGGAGUAGUUGAGAAGAAACACGUGGCCACCGUAACUCUCAACGCCUCCUCAACCACAAAACAAGACGCCUCCUCGCCAGGGGGAGCGACGUUGCAACAGGUCCUCAUCGUCCUCCUAUCGACGGCUCGACAUCUGAUACUCGCAGCGUGGUGCUUCGUGGAGCCGGUCUUUGAUCCGAAGUCGGCGUUGCGCGCGCGCUGGGAGAGACAGGAGAUGACAUGGCGCGAUGGCGUCGUGGUGGUCGGGGCGGGACUGUUUGGGGCCGCGGCGCUACUGGCGGCUGUGCUGGGUGUGAGGGUCGUGGGGGGAGUGGCGAGGGUUGUUGGGGUGCUUGGGGGGGGGGUAGGUUUUUGCUGGGGGGUUAGGGUGGUGGUGGGGAUGUGAAGUGGGAAAGGGAGCUGUGGGAUGAUGUCGCGCCCUUGGCUUGGAUGCAGCUGGGCUGUUUUUUUGGUCAGAUGGGGCAGUUGGAUUGGGAAGGGGAGGAGAGGAAGGGAUAUGAUGCUGCGGAUGCCGUCAAUGGAGGGUUUUGAUAGGAAUGAGAGAGAGUAUAUUUAUAUUGGUUUGUGCAGUGUAGUAGAGUGCAGACAGUACGAUAACUUCUUCUCUGGCCAGCUGUAUAGAGGAGGCCUCAUUGAAGCUGCUGAAGCCAUUAAAGCUGCUGAAGCCAUUGAAGCUGCUGAAGCCAUUGAAGCUAUCCCGGCUAUUGAGGGUCUUCACCUCUCCAUCUCCGCAUAUCUGACUCUCCGAUGUCAUGUUUUUGAUGCUGUUCGGUGGCUCGGCG